CUGAUAAGAAACCAGUUUCGUGUGCGCUUAACUACGCGAUUCACUAACCGCGAAUACUUAUAAGGAAAAUAUUUAUCAUCGUACAUUAAAAAUACUGUUAUCAUGAAGUGUAAAACUUGUAGUGAAACAGUGAUUGAUGGUGUGGACUGUGGCAGCUGCCGUGGUCAAUUUCAUUUUGGGUGCAUCGGUAUAGUGGAAACCGCAUACCGAAAAAUGAACAUGGAUCGAAGAGCUGGAAUACGAUGCCAGAAAUGUCGUGCUGGCCCCGAUAAUUCACAGGACAUAUCCACCAUUCUCGAGGAGCUGAGAGGUUUUAGGGCAGAGUUCGGCGCCGCUAGGUCAGACAUUGAGCGAAUCUCCAAUUCUGUUGACUCACUAAACGCAAAAUGGAACGAGAUGGAGUCCCGGUUUUCCAGUUUAGAAGACAGAGUGAUUGCUCUGGAAAGCAGUGCGAAAGUCGUUUCGAAAUUACAAUCGGAACUUGCCACCUCAAGUCAGACAAUACAUAACCUACAAAAUGAAUUGCAUGUGCGCGAUCAAAAUGCACGAAUAAAUAACGUCGAAAUAUCUGGAAUACCGUAUAAAAAGGGUGAAAAUCUUUUAAUGAUACUGGACACUAUUUACAAAAAAGUUGGUGUACAUCUGGAGGCUAACGAGGUGGAUUCCAUACAUCGUGUCCGCCGUUUCGUUAGCAGAAAUACUGGUCAAGUUGACACCAACUCGGAAGGCGACGCGGCAGGCGAGAGGAGCGUAGGUAGCAAUGCGACGGAACCACGUCCCCCCGCGAUCAUAGUCAAGUUCACCAGGCGGCUGUGCAAGGACCAGCUGCUGGCGGCGGUGCGCGCGCGCCGCGGCCUCACCACCACGGACAUCGGCACGGAGGGACCGGCUCGCGCCAUAUUCAUAAGUGAUCACCUCACGCCGGCAAAUAAACUGCUAUUAAAACGCGCCAGGGAAAGGAAAGCUGAGCUCCAGUAUGCAUACCUUUGGACUCGCGAUUGCAAGAUCCUCAUGCGUAAGACCGACACGUCUAAAAUUGUCGCGAUAAAUAAUGAUUCGGAUCUAUUAAAGUUAAAGUGACUAUUAUUAUUGUGUCAUAUCAGUAUGUACAUGUAUGCAUGUGAAUAUGAUUAUUAUAUACUCUGUUGUUGC